AUGUACCUCCUAGUGUAUGUGGAUGAUAUUGUCCUGGUGAGCUCCUCUCCGACAGCUGCUGAUGCUCUUGUGGCUACACUUGGUCAUGAUUUUGCAGUUAAGGAUUUGGGCCAGCUUCAUUUCUUCCUGGGUAUUGAUGUCGCUCAUCAGUCUCGUGGCAGUUUGGCUCUCACCCAGAAGAAGUACUCUCUUGAUCUCUUGCGCCGUGCUGGUAUGCUCAAGUGCAAGACAUCGCCUACGCCCAUGUCCUCCACUGACAAACUUUCUGUUGCUGAUGGUGCUCUUCUAUCUCCUGAGGAUGCUACUGAGUACAGGAGUAUUGUUGGUGGCUUGCAGUAUCUGACGAUCACGCGUCCUGAUCUCUCUUUUGCGGUUAACAGGGUGUGCCAGUAUCUUCAUGCACCUACUGAUGUACACUGGUCUGCUGUGAAGCGCAUACUGCGUUACGUGCGUCUCACUGUCUCCUUUGGUCUUCACCUGCGGCCCAGUUCCUCCGGAGUUCUUUCUGCAUUCUCUGAUGCUGAUUGGGCUGGGUGUCCAGAUGACAGGCGAUCUAUGGGGGGACAUGCUGUGUUCUUGGGUCCUAAUCUGAUCGCCUGGAGUGCACGCAAGCAAGCCACUGUUUCCCGCAGCAGCACGGAAGCUGAGUACAAGUCGGUUGUCAAUGCGACUGCCGAACUUAUAUGGAUUGAGUCCUUACUUCGAGAGCUAGGAGUUGCUCAGCCACAUCCUUCGGUCCUUUGGUGUGACAACAUCGGUGCUACGUUUCUUUCAUCAAACCCGGUGUUCCAUGCACGGACUAAACACAUUGAAAUUGACUAUCAUUUUGUGAGGGAAUGUGUUGCACAGAAGCUACUACAAGUAAGGUUUAUCUCUUCAAAAGAUCAACUUGCAGACAUCUUCACCAAGCCUCUACCUUCUCCCAUGUUUGAGGUCUGUAGGCGCAAUCUCAACCUCCUAGAUACUUUCGGAGUGAGUUGA